CUCAUCUCCUCCUUUCUCUCUUUCACUCUCCUCUUAACAUCAACUUCAUCAGCACCUGCACCUGCACCUGCACCACCAAGCGUUGUUGGUCCUAUAGACAAAAAAUACAGCUAUGUUUGUGAUCCUGCUAGGUUUGAUUCUCUCCACCUUGAUGUUAAAGCCUUCAGUUACUGUAACACAAGCCUACCAUUCUCUUCAAGAGUCAAAGACUUAAUAGGAAGGAUGACACUACCAGAGAAGGUUCUUCAACUGGGAGAUUAUGCCAAGGGAGCUCCAAGAAUUGGUCUUCCAGAAUACAAGUGGUGGUCAGAGGCACUGCAUGGCAUCUCAUCCAUUGGCAACGGCCCUGCCAACUCCCCAAGCCAUGCAACACACUUUGAUUCUGUUGUACCUGGUGCAACAAGCUUUCCUACUCCUGUCUUGUCUGCUGCUUCCUUCAAUGAGACUUUGUGGAACAUCAUUGGACAGGUUAUCUCCACUGAAGGAAGAGCUAUGUAUAAUCUAGGACAUAGUCAGUUAACAUUUUGGGCUCCUAAUAUUAAUCUUGCAAGAGACCCAAGAUGGGGAAGGAUCUUAGAAACACCAGGAGAGGAUCCGUUUGUGGUUGCUCGUUAUGCUGUUAACUUUGUUAGAGGCAUGCAAGAUGUGCAAGGCCAAAAAGAUCCACCGGAUUUGAAUGAAAAACCGUUGAAGGUCUCUGUAUGUUGUAAACAUUUUGGAGCUUAUGAUGUUGAUAACUGGUUUGGAGAAACUCGCUAUACUUUUGAUUCCAAGGUGGCUGAGCAAGAUAUGGUGGAGAGUUUUAAUUAUCCUUUUGAAGCGUGUGUUAAGCAAGGAGAUGUGAGUAGUGUUAUGUGUUCUUAUAAUCAAGUUAAUGGUAUUCCUUCUUGUGCUGAUCCUAGACUCUUGUCUCAAACCAUUAGAGGUGAAUGGAAUCUUCAUGGAUACAUUGUCUCUGACUGUGAUUCUGUUGGGGUUAUGCACGAUGAACAAAAAUGGCUUUAUGAUACUCCAAUAAACUCUGUCAUGCGAGUAAUGAAAGCUGGUUUGGAUCUGGAUUGUGGUCCUUAUUACACUAAUUUUACAGUGGAGGCAGUGAGGACAGGCAAAGUGAAAGAGGUUGAAAUUGAUAAUGCAUUGAACAAUUUAUACACAGUGCUAAUGAGACUCGGAUUCUUCGACGGCUCACCGGAGUAUCAAAACCUCGGAAAAGAUGUUAUUUGCAGUAAAACAAACACCGAUGUCGCCGCCGAUGCAGCAAGGCAAGGCAUUGUCUUGCUCAAGAAUGAUAACAACGCUUUGCCUUUCAACAACAACACACAAAAACACAUUGCUGUUGUUGGCCCUCAUGCUAAUGCUAGUGCAGUCAUGAUAGGAAACUAUGCAGGUGUACCAUGUCAUUAUAUUACACCACUUCAAGCUCUUUCUAUGGAUGCACAUGUGGACAUUGAGUUAGGAUGUGAUGUUUGGUGUCAUAACCAAGCUGCUAAAGAUCAUGCUAAGCAACUAGCAAGCACCACUGAUGCUACUGUUAUUCUUGCUGGAAUUGAUCUUGGUAUUGAGGCUGAGUCUCUAGAUAGAUGGGAUUUAAACCUCCCUCUGGAUCAAAUUACUUUCAUUAAUGAAGUUUCAGGAGCUUCUAAAGGACCUGUGGUCUUGGUUCUUUUCUCUGGUGGAGGCUUAGAUAUUACAUUUGCACAGAAUAAUACAAAGAUUAAUUCUAUUCUUUGGGCUGGUUAUCCAGGGGAAGAAGGUGGUCAGGCAAUCGCCGACGUGAUCUAUGGCCGAUAUAAUCCAAGUGGAAAGCUUCCUAUUACAUGGUAUCAGAAUGGGUACACUGAGAUGUUGCCUAUGACUUCAAUGAAAUUCAGGCCUGUUGAUGAGUUGGGUUAUCCUGGCAGGACUUACAAGUUCUAUGAUGGUCCUGUAGUUUAUCCAUUUGGGUUUGGUCUCAGCUACACACAAUUCACAUACAACGUUAGUUUGGCUCAGAAUUCAACUGCCACAAAUAUAAAGCUUGGACCUUUUCAGAAAUGUUUGCCAGUGGAUUACAAGCCUAAUAGUGGACCAGCUCCUUCUUGCCCAGCAGUGAACAUUGAUGACACUGAUUGUAGCCAGGCCAUUGGACUUGUUGUUCAAGUGACAAACACUGGAAAGACUGAUGGAUCUAAUGUCAUCAUUGUCUAUGCGAAGCCGCCGCAAAAUAUCGCCGGAGCAGCGAUUAAGAAGGUCAUUGCAUUCCAGAAGGUCUUCUUGAAAGCUGGUGCAUCCCAGGCUGUUCCUAUAUCGGUAAAUGCUUGUGAUGGGUUGACACUGGUUGACAAGAGUGCUUACCAGAUUAUAGCUGCAGGGCAGUACACCAUUGUGAUUGGAAAUGGUAAUACCACUGCCUCUGUCCCUCUUCCAGUGAACAUUAGCUAGUUUGAUUAGUUCUCAUUGUUUAGAUUUAGUCAUUCAUUUUGUUUUCUUUGAUUGAUUGUUUAGUUGAUAGCAAGGUUGUAUUAGUAUUUCAUAAGCAUUUGGAACCUUAGAGUUUUUAAUUUUAGCGAAA